UGUGGUCAGAGGAGCUUCAGUGUAGAGGCAAUGAAUCUCAGAUUUACUUCUGUCCAACAUCAUCUUCACUCAAGCACAACUGCACCCAUGAUAACAUUGUGGGACUGGUGUGUGCUGACAGUGUGAGGUUGGUGGAUGGCGGCAGUCGCUGCGCUGGGAGAGUGGAGGUUCUUCAUAGAGGACAGUGGGGAACAGUGUGUUAUCGUGGCUGGGAUAUGAGAGCUGCUGCAGUGGUGUGUAGAGAGCUGGGCUGUGGAGAGCCGAAGAGUGAUGAUUAUGCUCUACCUGGGUCUGGGCCAAUCUGGCUGAGUAAUGUAAACUGCAGUGGAUCAGAGUCUACACUGAAACAUUGUGGAUCACUAGGUUGGGGUGAACAAAGCUGUAGUCAUGGAAAUGAUUUCAAAAUCAUCUGUUCAGGUCACAGAAAGUCCAGACUUACAGAUGGUUUCCACCUGUGCUCUGGGAGAGUGGAGGUGCUUCAUGGAGAGACCUGGUCCACCGUGUGUGAUGCUGACUUUGACCAGCAGGAUGCAGAGGUUGUGUGUCGAGAGCUGGGCUGUGGGCUUCCUGUGGAGGUGCUGGGAGCAGCUGCUUUUGGCAGAGGGGAGGGUCAGGUGUGGUCAGAGGAGCUUCAGUGUAGAGGCAAUGAAUAUAACAUUACUCUCUGUCCAAUAUCAUCUUCUCUCAAACCCAACUGCUCCCAUUACAGUGAUGUGGGACUUAUAUGUUCAGGUCACACUCAGGCUCGGUUGGUGAACGGCUCUGACUCCUGUUCUGGUCGAGUGGAGCUCCAGUACCUCAGUGAGCGGGGCACAGUGUGUGAUAUAAGCUGGGAUAUGAGAGCUGCCAGUGUCCUCUGUGGUCAGCUGAACUGUGGGAGUGCUGUGGCUGUGUUGGGGUCAGACUGGUUUGGGGAGGGGAGUGGCCAGAUCUGGGCUGAUGUGUUUGAUUGUCAGGGGAACGAAACACACCUGUCAAAAUGUCCCAUUUCAUCAUGGAGUCGAACUGCAUGCUCUCACAAACAGGAUGCUGGAGUCAUCUGCAGUGGUUCCUCUCUGGCAUUUCAUGAGGGGCAAGUACGGUUGUCUGGAGGGAUGGAGUGUGAGGGGGAGGUGGAGGUGUACUUCAUGCAGGACUGGAGGAGAGUUCUGCUGGACUCCUGGAGUGAGUCUGAGGCCUCUGUGGUCUGCAGACAGCUGGGCUGUGGCUCUGUGUUCAGCUUCUCCAGCUCCUCUACAUCCAGUCCUGAGCAUAGUCACAUGUGUGUGAUGGGUUUCAAUUGUUCUGGGAGUGAAGCUCAUCUGGGGAACUGCAGCAGCGCACAAGCAGUCAACUGCAGCUCCAGAGAACAGCUCUCAAUCACCUGCUCUGAGUUUAAAGAGUUCAGACUCACUGAGGGAUGUGAGGGGAAUCUGGAAGUGUUCUACAAUGGAACCUGGGGUAAUGUGUGUGGAAAUGGGAUGGAUGAAGAAACAGCAAGUUUGAUCUGUCAGGAUCUUAACUGUGAGAGAUCUGGCAGUCUGAGGGCUGCCAAAGCAAGAGUGGAAUCAGCUCCUAACUGGCUGGAUGAUGUGAAAUGUAGGAAACAUGAUUCCACUCUUUGGCACUGUCCAUCUUCUCUCUGGGGACAGAACAACUGUAAUAAUCACAAUGAAGUGGCUCAGAUUACCUGCUUAGGAAAGGAAAAUCAUCUUGCACUAGAAAACCAUCUUAAAUGCUCCUCAUUUCUCCACCAGAGACAGUGCUCAAGUCACCUGCCUCUCAGGCUGAGGGGAGGAAAUGGAAGCUGCUCUGGGAGGCUGGAGGUGUAUCAUAACAGUGAGUGGGGGUCCAUCUGUGAUAAUCUGUGGGACAUCAAGGAUUCUCAGGUGGUCUGCAGGCAGCUGGGCUGUGGGCCAGCACUGAGUGCUGAUGGGAGUGCUGUCUUUGGUGCUGGUGAAGGGCCUAUCUGGCUGAACAGAGUGAAGUGUAGAGGGAAUGAGAUUCACCUGUGGGACUGUCCUCAUUCCCUGAAGAACCACACAGACUGCUCCCACAGGCAGGACGCUGGAGUCACCUGUGCAGAGAUAUCUGCACCUACCUCUACUGCACCCACAACAGCAAUCACCACCUUCACCACCUCAGUUGUUCAGCCAUUGGAGAGAACAAACACUCCUUCACAAACUCCGUCCAUCUAUCCAGUCUCUCUCCUGGUUCUGGGAGUGCUGCUUUUCCUGACCUUAGUGCUUCUGGUUGUGUUGUUUUACCAGAACAGAGUGCUCAGGAGAGUGCUCUCUAAGAGGAGGCGCAAGACUGUGACUGAGGCAGUCUAUGAGGAGAUCGACCGCGUCACUAAAAGAAAUGACUUGACACAAAGGAGAAGUAUCCUCUCUGAAGAGCAGCACUCAGGAUAUGAAGAUGUAGAUGAGGAGCUUCUCUCAGAAAAGUCUCUGACUGGAGUAAAGGCAGAAUAUUAUGAUGAUGUCACAACCAGAGGUCUGAAAAGUGAAUCAGAAAAAGAAGAAACAGCAGAGACCUAUGACGAUGUCUUCACUGCUGGACAGAUCUCUGAUAGUGUAGCAGAGGACAUAGCAGAGCAUUAUGAUGAUGUCAUCACUGCUGAUCAGAGCUCAGCUGUUGUAACAGAAGACAUAACAGAUAACUAUGAUGAUGCUGUUACUGCUGGACCAAACUCCAACAUUAUGACAGUGGACACACAAAAGAGCUAUGAUGAUGUAAUCCCUGCUAAAUAGGAUGUAGGAGGGGUAAAAGACUUUUAUGACGUGGAGGAGGAGCCUCAGACAGAGAUGAAUCAUGUUACUGAAAGAUCAUGGCCAGUGUCUUUCCUCUGGAACCUACAUUCAAACCUCUUCAAACGCAACAAGUGAUUUUGUUAUAGACCAUAAUACAUUUUUUUAAGGAGCAUAAACAUUGGGCUUCAUUCACCAAUAUCUUCCUAGGCUUUUGCUUAAAUUUGUUCUUGAGAAAGGUCUUAAGAAGAAGUUUGUCAGAUUCAUGACUGAAGAAUUUCUGCGCCUUUGUGCUUGUGUGUGUGUGCGUGUGUGUUCUGUUUUACCUAAGAACGAAUCCCAUUUACGAAAGCAUUGGUGAAUGUCAGAAUCUUUGUGAAAACUGUUUGUGUUCUUAAGAAUGGUUGGUGAGGCCCAUUGUUUAUUCUAGCUUUACAUGUGGUGUAAACACCCACAGAGGUAAAACAACUCUUAAAGUUUACCAAUCCAAAUGUCACAAACUGUCCUUUCACUUUUCAUCGCUUUCUUUGAAAACGAUAAGCCUUAGUGAACUACACUCUCAAUACAGAUGUGUUAAAAGUAUGAAGUGUUAUUUUUUUAACACAGCUGCAGAAAAGUAGAACACAUUUUGUUACUAUUAAUGCUACCAGUGUGUUAUCAUAUUUAACAUAGGCAGUUACAGUCUGUGUUGUGUCUAUUUAGCACAUCAAAUUUUAUUAGAUGUAUGUUAGUAGAAAUAAUCCAUUUGCUACUAAAAUGUUUAAUUAUAGUUUAAGUUUAAGAAUGGUUUGGGCUGAAGACCUUAAAUAAAAGGGCUGUUCAUUUUCAUCAUAUAUUAUUAAAAAGAGUGAAGCUACAAAAAAUGUAGAGACAAGAAGUGAACUUUAAGUGCUGUUUUACUGUAGUACAUUUCUAUGACUGAGUUAUUUAACCCAUUGCUGUAUUAGAGACAGUUGUACUGUUGGCACCUAGAAACUGGACAGACUGUUAUAAAUGUUUAAAAAUAGAUCAUAAAAAAGAUCAAUUGCCUAAUAUUGCAUUACAGUGUAGACAUGUUUCCGAGCUUUUUAUCUCUUAUUAUUUGCAAGUUUGUAAUGUUUGUGAUUAUUAUGAUGUGAUAUGCACACAACCUUAAUCACAGCUUCAAGUUCAGUUCUGUAUAUCACUGUUUUUGCUGGAAGAAAACCUUGUAUCUCCAAGAUGACAACUUUACAGGGAAAGGAAAAAAACUACUUUUAUGUAAA